AUGCAGGAGGGGGCGGGAUCGAGGAGGCCCAGCCGGGCCGAGAGGGCGACGCAGCUGAAGGAGGCGCGCAAGCAGCCGGGCCGGCAUGGGGGGAAGCCGGGGGGGAAUGGAGAGGAUGACAAAGACUGUGAGGAAGUGGCAGAGGAAGUCAAAGCAGCAAAAGCCAAUAGACCACGCAAACGUCGACGAAAAUCCAAUGCUCCAGGUGAAAACCUGUCUACAGCCAUCAAUCUCAAGGCAACCGAUGGUGGCGAUGCCAACCCUCAGCCCCCUCUGUAUUGCCAUCCCCAAAAGGAGGGAGCUUCCCCAUCAUUGCAGGCCUAUCCAGACGUUAUGAACAAGUUCAUGGAGAGCGAAGGGUUCAUCGAGCCCACCCCGGUGCAAGAGGAAUGCUGGGGCGCUGCCUGUUUGGGCCACGACGUGAAGGGCACAGCGCAAACUGGGAGCGGGAAAACGCUGGCCUUUCUGUUGCCUGCUGUUGUCAGGCUGCUGGAAUCGAACGGCGGCCAAAGCGAAGCAGGCCCUAGAGUGCUCAUCUUGGUGCCCACAAGAGAGCUUGCAAGUCAAGUAACUUCAGUGUGCAGAAAGCUGAAGCCGCUGUUCAUGAUCCAAUCGGCGUUUGUCUAUGGAGGUGUCAGCAAGGAGACACAGGUCGAUGUACUCAAAUGCAGGCCUCACAUAGUUGUUGGAACUCCAGGGAGGCUGGUCGACCUGCUGCAUGAAGGCCACCUAAUCUUGGGGUAUGUGGAAUGUGUUGUGUUGGAUGAAGCUGACAAGAUGCUGUCUUCUGGAUUCGAGGAACAACUUGAGGAGUUGAGGAAGGCGGUGCUGCCAGAUGCCUCUGCAGGUCGAAAUAUGCUGCGAAAGAGGCCACAGGUCAUGCUCUUCAGUGCCACCAUGCCAGCCGCUGUGUCCGGUGCAGCCAGCAGGUGGCUUACAGACCCAGCCGAGCUCGACAUGCGACCUUGCGCGAACUGUGUGAGUUCGACGAUCACACAGGUGAUCCAUGUUUGUGCGGAGCACAAAAAGCCGGCAAAGCUCUUGAAACACCUGAAGCAGAUCAACGCUGCGUCCCAGGGCAGCAGAAACAAACCCAGGGUGCUCAUCUUCUGCAAUCAUGUCAAGGCCGUACGCUUCUUGCACGCGACCCUCACUGGGGCAGACUACAAGGUUGUGCAGCUGCAUGGAAAGAUGAACCAGGAGGAGAGGGAACGCGCCAUGCGGGAGUUCCGCGCUGGCAAGGCGCAGAUGAUGGUGGCCACGGACGUUGCGGCAAGGGGACUGCACAUCCGGCGCCUGCCCUACGUGGUGAACUACGACUUCCCCUCAAGGAUCGAGUCAUACAUCCACAGGGUGGGGAGGACGGGGCGGCUGGCGGCCUAUGGCCAUGCUUUCAGCUUCUUCACACGGAAUCUGGCCAAGCUGUGCCCAGAUUUGGUCGACUUGCUGAAGCACCACAGCCAACCCGUGGACCCGAACUUGGCCCGGCUGGCGGACGCAUACAAGAAGGCGGCAGACAUUUUGGAGGAGCUGGGGGACCUUAAGGCCGACACUCCCGACCCUGGGGAGGGCCCCCCGGGCGAGGGAGGCGAAGGGGAGCCGGGGAAUAGCCACAGUGGGGAAGUGGCGGACAUGGCGGCUGACGGUGGCGGGGAAGGUGAGGAGAAGGGGCGGGGAAAGAAGGGUGGCCGUGGGCGCGACGAGGCGUUGAUAAAACAGCUGGCGGGGAAACUGGUGGGGAGCAAUGGGAGGAAGAAAAGGAAGAAGAGCCAUAGACACGAGACGUGA